AUGACCUCACCUGCUCCUCGUGGUUGCCGCUCAGACCUGGACUCCAGGUACCAACGGCUGUGUGACCUGGCGGAGGGUUGGGGCAUCGCCCUAGAAACCUUGGCAGCCUUGGGCGUGGUGACCACGGUGGCAUUCAUGUUCGCGCUCCUGAUCCUCAUCUCCAAGGUGCAGGACUCGAACCAACGGAAGAUGCUCCCCACCCAGUUUCUCUUCCUACUGGGCGUGCUGGGGGUCUUCGGCCUCACCUUCGCCUUCAUCAUCAAACUGGACAGGGGCACAGGGCCCACGCGCUUCUUCCUCUUCGGUGUCCUCUUUGCCAUCUGCUUCUCCUGCCUCCUGGCUCACACCAUCAACUUGAUCAAGCUAGUCUACGGGCGGAAGCCCCUGUCCUGGCUGGUCAUCUUGGGCCUGGCGGUGGCCUUCAGCCUGAUCCAGGACGUCAUUGCCGUUGAGUAUGUCGUCCUCGCCAUGAACAGGACCAACGUCAAUGUCUUUUCCGAGCUUUCCGCUCCUCGUCGCAAUGAAGACUUCGUCAUGCUGCUCAUCUACGUCCUCCUCUUGAUGGUGUUGACCUUUCUGCUGUCCUUGUUCACCUUCUGUGGCUCCUUCUCUGGCUGGAGGAGACACGGGGUCCACAUCUGCCUCACCACGCUCCUCUCCAUCCUCAUCUGGGUGGCAUGGAUCAUCCUGCUCUUGAUUCCUGCCCUCGAGUCCAAGUGGGAUGACACCAUCCUCAGCACAGUCUUGGUGGCCAACGGCUGGGUUUUCCUGGUGUUUUAUGUCUUACCUGAGUUUCUGCACCUCAGAAAGCAGCGGAACUCCUUGGAUUACCCAGUCGAAGAUGCUUUUUGUAAACCUCAACUCAUGAAGCAGAGCUAUGGUGUGGAGAACAGAGCCUACUCGCAAGAGGAAAUCACUCAAGGUGUUGACAGGACUGGGGACCUGCCCUACGCUCCUUAUUCCACCCACUUUCAGCUACAGGUAAACAUCUUACACCAAAAAGACUUCUCCAUCCCCCGGGCUCAGGCUAGCCCCUACAGUGACUACAAGGGACGGAAAGAGGACAGUUAAGUCUGUUCUAAAGAGUGGAACGACCACAGCCAGACAGCAGACCCAGCUGGGACUCCAAAGGGACGUGGACUGAA